AUGGCUAUUGGAAACCGCCUGAAGAAAAUUCCCGACCGGGACGGUAGGACGGCACGCCUAAUCGCAGAACUAGCGAUGUUGAAUUUAAACCUGCCCGCCCGCGUUUGGUUGCCCGUAUACUCGGAUAGAUGUAUGCACCACGUUGUGCGUAUUCCGCCCAACGCCGGUGUCGUACUUAAUUCAAAGGACAAAGCGCCAUAUCUCCUCUGCGUCGAAGUUUUAGAAGUGGACGAUAUUAAUAACGUUGUCGUGCCUCCGAAGUCGUCGGAAAUGUCCGCCUUGUUACACUCUAAAUCGUUCGACAACAUCGCGGAUGCACAGUGGAAUUCGCGGCACAUUUCCGAGAAUGCUAUCAUCUGUCCGGCGGAUCACGAACACGACGAGGACGACGUAUCUCCUCAGUUUACCACGGGGAGAAUGAACGCUAUAGAUACAAUAUCACAGAUGUCCUUUGGGAGCACGACCAGCACGGAUUCGAAGGAACAGUCAAAUCAGGUGAUCGCCAGCGACAUUCGACGCAGACUCGCCGAAUCACUUUCAGCCCCGACUAAGCAGCUAAAACAUAACAUCGAAGACCCGUCGGCAUCGGUGCUCAGUGAGCCAUGGGAAGAGAAGCUACGGAGGAUCAGAGAGGCCUCGCCAUACGGCCAUCUUUCUAACUGGAAACUUCUGCCUGUGAUCAUUAAGACGGGCGACGAUCUGAGGCAGGAGCUGCUAGCGUAUCAAAUUUUAUGCGAGUUGAAGAACAUAUGGGAGGAAGAGCACGUACCGUUGUGGGUCAAACCAUAUCGCAUAUCUGUCAUUUCUAAGGACUGCGGUAUCAUAGAAUCAAUAGUUAACGCGAUCAAAAAGAAUUUGAGCAAGGAUGGUUCAUGCUCGAUCUUAACUUACUUCCUGAAAGAGUUCGGUGAUCUUAACUCUGAGGAAUUCCUCACUGCUCAAAACAAGUUCAUCCGCAGCUGCGCGGCGUAUUGUCUCAUAUGCUAUCUGAUGCAAGUGAAAGACAGACAUAACGGAAAUAUUUUGCUGGACGCCGAAGGACACAUCAUUCAUGUUGAUUUCGCUUACAUUCUUUCUAGUUCGCCCAGGAACCUUGGGUUCGAAAGUUCUCCCUUCAAGCUGACUAAUGAAAUCGUAGAGGUGAUGGGAAGUUGCAAUGGCAAUAUGUUUAGCUACUUCAAAAUCUUGAUGCUGCAGGGGCUGAUCGCUGCUCGUAAACACCAAGAGCGAAUAUUGUCGAUCGUCGAAAUCAUGCUCUCAGGUAACCAGCUUCCGUGUUUUCGUGGAGGGGCGGCCGUUCUUCGAGGCCUGAGGGAUCGCCUUCAUCUGAACUGUACAGAAGAAAAAUUGCAUGGCAUAAUUGACUCUAUGGUUGAGAACAGCAGGCAUUCAUUGACCACUAGGUUAUAUGACAAUUUCCAGUAUUUUACAAAUGGAAUUUUGUAA